AUGUGGAAGUUCGUGAUCGGAAGUGUGUCUUCCGCGGCCUUCCUGGCCACCCUCACCACCAUUUUUUACUCGGCUUCUCUGAUCGAUGAGCUCGAAACCUUCCGAGGACAGAUCAGGGAGGAAUUAGCCGAUUGGAAAGAGGUGACCGAUGACACGUGGCAGAAACUGAACGAUAUGACGUCGAGAAGUGCACCGAAGAAGACGAACAUUCUGAAGGCGUUUGUGAGAGGAAAGAGAAGCAACGGAGACGGACAGUGCAGUGAGUUAUUCAGAAGAAGAAGGCAGUUCACAGAAUAAUCAUUUGCAGAUUGCGCGGAGCCAACCAAAAACUGCCCGGUUGGAGCUCCAGGAGAGAAAGGAGAACGCGGAAAUCCGGGACAGCCAGGACCAGACGGAGUGGACGGAGGGGACGGAAUUCCAGGAGACGUUGUCCAUCAUGAUGUGCCCGACACGAAGGAAUGCAUAAAGUGUCCAGCUGGGCCACCAGGACCACCGGGACCACCGGGACCACUCGGAGCACGCGGAGAGAAUGGACCAGCAGGACCACGCGGAGCCCUGGGAGACCAGGGAGAGACUGGAGCACUUGGAGAAGGAGGAGACCAAGGACCGGCCGGCCUUCCAGGAAGACAGGGACCACGAGGACCAGCCGGACAACCGGGAGCCAUUGCAACUCCGGGACUGGCCGGAAGACCAGGACCACAGGGAGCACUCGGAGAACCGGGAACUCAAGGAACACCAGGAGUGGACGGAAAGGACGGAGCACUCGGAGCACCGGGAAGGAAGGGAGAGAACGGAAGAGCAGGAAAGAGAGGGAAGGACGGAGUGGCUGGAGUGCCGGGGACCCGCGGAAAGCAGGGAGAAGACGUCGGAUACUGUCAAUGCCCGGACAGAGCCGCUUGA